AUGUCGCGACACAGGAGGGUGCCGCGGCGACAGCCCCAGCGGGACGGGGGCUCGGCUGCGGCGGCGAGCGCGGUGCGGGCCCGAGCCGAGGGGCUGAGGGACGUCCGCGUGGACGAGGAGGUGGAGAUGGCGGUGCAGCUCGCCUUGGAGCGGUUCCGCAGCGGGGAGGAGGCGGAGAUGGAAUUUCCUUCUAGUUUCACUAGUACUGAAAGAGCAUUUGUUCACCAGCUCUGUCAGUCUCUUGGACUGGUAUCUAAAAGUAAAGGAAAAGGAGCAAAUCGAUACCUGACUGUAAGGAAGAAGGAUGUAUCAGAACUAACACAUGCAGUAAUGACUUGUGACUUGGCUCUCCGUACAAAACAGGCAGUUCGGAGUUUAAUUCAGAGUUUUCCCGUCACAAAUAAAGAACGCACGGAACUUCUACCGAAGACGGAGCGAGGAAACACAUGUGCUGUUGAAUCUGAAAACAAAGAAGUGAACAAGACAAGUGGACGACUUAAUGAUGGUAUCCCCCAAGUUCCAGUGAAAAGAGGGGAAUCAGAGUUUGAUACCUUCAGGCAGUCAUUACCAGUUUUUGAAAAACAGGAGGAAAUUGUCAAAAUUAUAAAGGACAAUAAAAUUGUUUUGAUUAUUGGAGAGACUGGAUCAGGAAAAACUACUCAAAUCCCUCAGUUUAUUCUUGACGACUGUUACAAAAAUGGAACUCCUUGUCGUGUAUUUUGCACUCAGCCAAGACGUUUAGCAGCUGUUGCUGUGGCUGAAAGAGUGGCAGCAGAAAGAAGAGAAAAGAUUGGCCAGACAAUUGGUUAUCAGAUCCGCUUGGAAAGCAGGGUUUCUCCAAAGACACUGGUAACGUUUUGCACUAAUGACAUGCUGCUUCGCACGCUGAUGGCAGGAGACAGCACUUUGUCAACCGUGACACAUGUUAUUGUGGAUGAAGUACAUGAGAGGGAUAGAUUCAGUGACUUCUUGUUAAUAAAACUGAGAGAUGUAUUGCAAAACCAGAAUAGUUUAAGAUUAAUUAUUUCUAGUGCUGCUCUAGAUGCAAAUCUUUUUAUUAGGUAUUUUGGAAGUUGCCCUGUCAUACACAUCCAAGAAAGACCUUUUGAAGUUAAAGAGAUGUUUCUGGAGGACAUUUUACGAAGCACUGGGUAUACAAAUAAAGAGAUGGUCAAGUACAAAAAGGAGAAGCAGCAAGAAGAGAAACAGAAAAACACUCUCACUGAGUGGUGUUCUCCUCAGGAAAAUACUAGCAAACUGAAACCUCAGAGACAAAAAUCUGUGCCAAGGGCAACUGAAGAGUAUCAUAUGUUGGAUGAUGGUGGUGACACAGUAUUUAAUCAACUGACUGAAAAAGAUGUGAAUUGCCUUGAACCGUGGCUAGUAAAAGAAAUGGACUCUUGUCUUUCUGACAUCUGGUUGCAUAAAGAUAUUGAUUCCUUUGCUCAGGUGUUUCAUCUCAUUUUAACUGAAAAUGUCAGCGUUGAUUAUAGGCACAGUGAAACAAGCGCGACUGCUCUAAUGAUUGCUUCAGGGAGAGGCUUUUUGAGUCAAGUGGAACAGCUGAUCAGUAUGGGAGCAAGUAUCCACUGCAAAUCAUCCAAUGGCUGGAUGGCUAUUGACUGGGCUAAGCGCUUUGGACAGACAGAAGUUGUUGACCUGUUGGAAUCUUACAGUGCUUCAUUUGGAUUUGGAAAGCUGGAUGAAAGUUCUCUGGUCCAAACAAGUGGUAAUGACCUUAGUGCAGAGGACAGAGAGCUGUUGUCAGCUUAUCAUCACAGUUUUGAUGAUGAAAAAGUGGAUCUGGAUCUGAUUAUGCACUUACUGCAUAACAUCUGUCAUAGCUGUGAUGCAGGAGCAAUUUUAAUAUUUCUUCCUGGAUAUGACGAGAUAGUGAAUCUGAGGGACCGUAUUGUUUUUGAUGACAAGAGGUUUGCUGAUAAUGCUCACAGAUACCAAGUUUUCAUGCUUCAUUCAAGUGUGCAGACUUUGGAUCAGAAGAAAGUGCUUGAAAGUCCACCUUCUGGCAUCCGCAAAAUAAUUCUUUCUACAAAUAUCGCAGAAACCAGCAUAACAGUCAAUGAUGUUGUAUUUGUUAUUGACUCGGGCAAGGUGAAAGAGAAGUCUUUUGAUGCACUGAGUCAUGUUGCAAUGCUAAAAACGGCAUGGAUUUCGAAAGCCAGCGCUAUCCAGAGAAAAGGCAGGGCUGGGCGCUGUCAGCCUGGAGUCUGUUUUCGUCUCUUCAGCAGGCUCCGAUUUCAGAAGAUGUUGGAAUUUCAGACUCCAGAGCUUCUAAGAAUGCCACUUCAGGAGAUUUGUUUAUACACAAAACUGCUGGCUCCAAUUAAUUGUCCAAUUGUAGACUUUCUUAUGAAAGCUCCUGAUCCUCCACCUGCUGUAAUUGUGAGAAAUGCUGUGCAAAUGCUUAUGACAAUAGAUGCUAUGGACCCUUGGGAAGAUCUCACUGAACUUGGUUAUCAUCUCACUGAAUUACCAGUAGAGCCACACCUUGGUAAAAUGGUGUUGUAUGCAGUUGUUUUGAAGUGCCUGGACCCUGUUCUUACCAUCGCUUGUGCUCUGGCCUGUCAGGACCCUUUUGUCCUGCCCACUCUGGCCUCUCAGAAGCGUGCAGCCAUGCUCUGCAGGAAACGCUUUGCUGCAGGGACCUUCAGCGACCACAUGGCCCUUCUCAGGGCUUUCCAGGCAUGGCAGAAGGCACGCAGUGACGGCUGGGAGAGAGCCUUCUGUGAAAAGAACUUCCUGUCACAGGCCACGAUGGAAAUCAUCGUAGGAAUGAGAACACAGUUGCUUGGCCAACUCAGAGCCUCGGGUUUUGUUAGAGCCAGAGGAGGAGCUGAUAUUAGAGAUGUUAAUACUAACUCGGAGAACUGGGCUGUAAUUAAAGCUGCCUUGGUGGCUGGGAUGUAUCCCAAUCUCGUGCAUGUAGACAGAGAAAGUCUGGUUUUGACUGAACCAAAGGAGAAGAAAGUGCGAUUUCAUCCUACCUCUGUUCUUAGUCAACCUCAGUAUAAAAAGAUUCCCCCGGCAAAUGGACAAGCUGCAGCCAUUCAGUCACUCCCUACAGACUGGCUUAUAUAUGAUGAAGUGACGAGAGCUCACAAGAUAGCAAACAUCAGGUGCUGCUCUGUUGUAACACCUGUCACUGUGUCACUCUUCUGUGGACCAGCCAGACUGCCAAGUAAUGCCUUGCAGGCUUCAUCAUCCUUCCGAGGGGGUGGGGUAUCUAAUGACAGCAGUGACAGUGAGAUGGAGGACAAAACAAUUGCUAAUUUGGCACUUCUGAAGCUGGAUGAAUGGCUCCAUCUCAAACUGGACCCUGAAGCUGCUGGAAUGCUCUUGCAACUCAGACAGAAGUGGCACAGCUUAUUCCUGCGUCGCAUGCGAGCUCCUUCUAAACCGUGGUCUCAAGUUGAUGAAACAACUGUAAGAGCAAUUACAGCUGUUUUAAGUGCUGAGGAACAGUCUGCAGGUUUGCAGCAGCCUUCAGGAAUUGGUCAGAGACCAAGGCCUGUGACUUGUGAAGAGCUUCCUUUGGCAUCUGCAUGGAGGUCAACCAACAUCAGAAAAGGCUCAGCAGAAACUGAAUUCUCUGACUCCUCUAAUGCUGAAAAAGUUUCAGUGAAACCUACACCUCCCACACUUCACCAGCCAAAGAAGUACAAAGAGAAAGAUAUUUUGCACUCCAAACGAUCUUCAGACGACAGGUCAUCUCAGUCAUCAGUGAAGCCUGCAGACAGCAGCAGCUAUCCCAGCCCUUGUGCUAGUCCUUCCUCUCCAGUAUCUGGAAAGGGUUCAAAAUCUCCUUCACCAAGACAAAAUAUGCCGGUUCGGUACUUCAUAAUGAAAAGUAGCAACUUGCAAAACAUUGAUAUUUCUCAACAGAAGGGUAUAUGGUCCACUACCCCAAGUAAUGAACGAAAACUGAACGGAGCCUUUUGGGAAAGCAACGUGGUUUACUUAAUAUUUUCUGUUCAAGGGUCUGGAUGCUUUCAGGGUUUUGCUAGAAUGGGUUCAGCGAUUGGGUGUGAGAAAAGUCAGGACUGGGGAUCUGCUGGUUUUGGAGGCGUUUUUAAGGUGGAGUGGAUCAGAAAAGAAAGCAUUCCUUUUCAGUUUGCACACCAUUUGCUCAACCCUUGGAACGACAGUAAGAAAGUACAAAUAAGCAGAGAUGGCCAGGAGCUGGAACCACAAGUUGGGGAGCAGUUGCUACAGCUUUGGGACCGUAUUCCUUUGGCAGGAAAAAAAAUGACUGAUCAUGUCAAGUAAUGUGAUGGAGGUGGUUAUUUCAUGUGUUGCUUGCUGGUUUUGGGGUAGAGGAAAAGCUGUCAACAUACAGUGUUGCUUUACAGUACUAUGUUUCCUUUGUAGCUUAUAGAAAAACAGAUGCACUUAUUACUAAAUAUUCUGUUCCUUUUGAUUUUUUCAGCUGGUUUAGGUUGUUGAAACAUCAGUCCUAACCACUAGAACAAGCAAUGUGUCUACAGUACAAAGGUGAGGAAGAAGGUGGCACAACAAGCUCCUGAAGCUAGAAGUGGAAAAAUAAGAGAGAAUUGUUUGAUUUCAGUGUUUCCUUGUCUUAAAAAAUGUGAUAAUACUAUUCGCCAGCCUGUUUUUGACUAAAUUUUUUUUACAGUAGUGUGCAGUUGAUAGUUAAAGACAUGGUUAAGUUCAAAACAAGGUUUGAAACAAUGGACUACAUAAAGGUUAUUUGUGGGUUUAAAAUAGCACAGCAGACAGUCUAAGUAUGCAGGUUACAGUUAAAGUUUUCUCAACCCAGGAAAAUGUAUGACAGUGUAAUGUUAAUCAAUUUUGCAGUUUGCGUAAAAAAAAACAUACUGUGAGAAUAGAUAUCUUCAAAUACAUUGGAAAGUUCCAUAAGUGUUUGUUGAACUUCUGUAUGCACAGUGAGGGAGAGCAGGAUAUAUUCAUAUAAACAACUAGGCAGCAGGAGAAUGUUAAUUUUUAAUUUAUUUUUAUUUAAUUAUUUUAAAACAUUAAUAUAAAUUAUUUUAAUUUAAUUAAUUUAAAUUUAAAUAGAGAAGGGAAAGGAGCAUGAGACUUUUGAGAUUGGAUAGGUCCAGUGAUGUUUCCAGUUCCAGUUAUUUGUCACCAGAAAGAGGUGACUCACACUGUCACCAGCUGAAACAGUCUUUCAGAGGCCUGCAGCCAAAUGGUACUCUUAAUUGUUCACUAACUUAGCACUGUUAGAAGAUUUCUUUAAAAAAAAUAAAAAAUAAGUACAGUACAACGUUCUUGA